UCAUCAAGGUGCUCUGAGAGGGAGAAGUGUGGAAAACAAGAGGCAGUAUUACGUGCUAGUUGAACCAUUCUAGUGCGGGACACACAGGCAGAUCGGUCACCUCUUAUCACUCGUACAGCUCAGGUAUCAGCAAUGGGGAAAGGAGAUCCUAACAAGCCCAGGGGCAAGAUGUCCUCCUACGCCUACUUCGUGCAGACAUGCCGGGAGGAGCACAAGAAGAAACACCCGGACUCCUCCGUCAACUUCGCCGAGUUCUCCAAGAAGUGCUCCGAGAGGUGGAAGACCAUGUCUGCCAAGGAGAAGGGGAAGUUUGAAGACUUGGCCAAAGGUGACAAGGUCCGUUAUGAAAGGGAAAUGAAAACCUACAUCCCACCCAAGGGGGAGAAGGCAGGAAAGAGAAAGAAGGACCCAAAUGCCCCAAAACGACCACCAUCUGCCUUCUUCCUGUUUUGUUCUGAAAAUCGGCCCCAGAUAAAGACCGACACUCCUGGUCUGUCCAUUGGUGAUACCGCUAAGAAACUAGGAGAGCUGUGGUCUGAACAGACGCCCAAAGACAAGCAGCCAUUUGAACAGAAAGCAGCAAAGCUCAAGGAGAAAUAUGAAAAGGAUGUUGCAGCAUAUCGGGCAAAGGGCACCAGUGAUGUUGGCAAGAAGAUUCCUGGCAGGCCAGCAAGCUCAAAGAAGAAGGUUGAACCAGAAGAUGACGAUGAUGAUGAGGAUGAAGAUGAUGAGGAAGACGAGGAUGAGGACGAUGAUGAGGAUGACGAGUGAAUGCUUUGUCCGCUGUAUAAAUUGUGUUUGAAGCCCAUUGUUUGUUUAUUUGCUAAGAAUGUGAACUCAAGUGCAGCUCAUUUUGUUAGCUUGGUUAUAAAAACUGUACAGAAUUGUGUAUAGGUAAUGUGAUUCUUUAGGGAGAACCUAUAUUUUAAUAUAAGGAGUAGUUGGAGGGCUGUUAGAGUUAAAGCUUUUGAUGUGGGAUGAUUCUGCAUAUUUAAUGGUUUCCAAGGGUAGCCCAAUGUUAGCAACAAACCCAGUAUACUUUAGCGUUCUGUAGACCUGGUGCAUUGUACUUUUUUUCUAACUUUUUUAGCAACUUUUUUUUUGUAAUAAAAUUAUAUAUAAACAUU